GGAUUUGAAUUUUCUUCAGAGUCUGCUCUGCUCUCUCUCUCCAACUCUCUCUCUCUCACAUCCAAAAACACAGAGACCAGACAUGGAGAGACAGAUACUUACAUAUUUAUGUAUCUAUAUGCUCACACUUUCUGUUUCUCUCUCCCUGUAGUUUAAGCUAUUUAAUGUCCUCAUUGAAACUCCCAAGGAACCUCUAAUUAUUGCUCUCUCCCUCUCUCCUCUUCUUCACUCUCUUUCUUCGUUCAUUCAACAUCCCAACCCCAUUUUCUCCCACGCCUCCUCUCUGGCUAUUGCCGCCGCCGGCGACAUCCAGAAUUAAAGGAAAUUAGGAGAAUGAGUGCUUCCAAGUUCAUCAAAUGCGUCACCGUCGGAGAUGGCGCUGUGGGCAAGACCUGUAUGCUCAUUUGCUACACCACCAACAGAUUCCCCACUGAUUACAUCCCAACAGUGUUUGAUAAUUUUAGUGCCAAUGUGGCUGUGGAUGGCAACAUUGUUAACUUAGGGCUCUGGGAUACUGCAGGUCAAGAGGAUUACAGCAGGUUGAGGCCACUGAGCUAUAGAGGUGCUGAUAUAUUUAUCUUGGCCUUCUCUUUAAUCAGCAGGGCCAGCUAUGAGAAUGUCCUCAAGAAGUGGAUGCCGGAGCUUCAUCGCUUUGCGCCCAAUGUCCCGGUUGUACUUGUUGGAACUAAGCUUGAUCUUCGGGAAGACUCUGGAUACUUAGCCGAGCAUAUGUCCGCCAACAUUGUUACCACCGCACAAGGAGAGGAGUUGCGGAAGCAGAUCGGUGCUGCAGCUUAUAUAGAAUGUAGCUCGAAGACUCAGCAGAAUGUGAAAGCCGCUUUCGACACUGCUAUUCGGGUUGUGCUUCAGCCCCCUCGGAGAAAGGAAGUUAGGAAGAAGAAAGGACGCAAAAGUAGUGGUUCCUCGAUAGUAAAGGGCGUUUUGUGUUGUGGUUGCACCGCGUAGCUCAAAUCCCGUUGCGGCGGUGCCGGCGUGACAGAUGAGAUAGAGACGUAUGGAUGUAUGUAUGUAUGAAUGAAUGCACGUAUCGUAUGCAUUUACCUAGCGAUGGAAGGUUAUGUCUCGAGAUUUUGUGACAAUGUGUUUAUAAUUUUGACUUGUUAGCGGAUGGAUGGAUAUAGGGGUAGUUGUUUCUUUUGGAUUUUACUAGUAUAUGUUAAAAAUAUUGUUUGCUUU